GUUCUUCCAUCAUUCUAUCUUCUUCUGUAGAAAAGUUAACAGUUGAGAGAAAUUAUUUUCUUUCAUACAUUUUAGCUGGCUUGAAAAUAGAUAUUGGUGUGCUUUUCCGGGGCCGGCUGCUUUGGUGUGACUAUCUCAGAAUAUCCGGUGGGUUCACUAAGGAGUUGGUUAGCCUGAUAAGUAUUGUUAGUUGCAUGAAGGUAUCACCUUCAGGUGGGUAUGCCUUCUUUCUCUAUUGCAGGUAAAGAUCCUCAUGUAUGAAAAUGAAGUCCCAGGCAACCAUGAUUUGCUGCUUAAUGUUCUUUCUGUCCACAGAAUGUUCCCACUAUAGAUCCAAGAUUCACCUAAAAGCUGGAGAUAAACUUCAAAGCCCUGAAGGGAAACCCAAGACUGGAAGGAUCCAAGAGAAAUGCCAUGGACCUUGUAUCUCUUCUUCCAACUGCAGCCGGCCCUGUGCUAAGGACUUUCGUGGAGAAAUAGGAUUUACGUGUAAUCAAAAAAAGUGGCAAAAAUCAACCGAAACAUGUACAAGUCUUUCUGUGGAAAAACUCUUUAAGGACUCAACUGGUGCAUCUCGCCUUUCUGUAGCAGCAGCAUCUAUACCCCUGCACAUUCUAGACUUUCGGGCUCCUGAGACCAUUGAGAAUGUAGCUCAAGGAAUCCGUAAGAACUGCCCCCUUGAUUACGCCUGCAUCAUUGAUGUUGUGAAAUCAUCAGAAACGACAUCUGGAAAUAUUGCAUUUAUAGUGGAGUUAUUAAAAAAUAUUUCUACAGACUUGUCUGAUGAUGUUACUCGAGAGAAAAUGAAGAGCUAUAGUGAAGUGGCCAACCACAUCCUGGACACGGCAGCCAUUUCAAAUUGGGCUUUCAUUCCCAACAAAAAUGCCAGCUCGGAUUUGUUGCAGUCAGUGAAUUUGUUUGCCAGGCACCUCCACAUCCACAAUAAAUCUGAGAACAUUGUGAAUGAACUCUUCAUUCAGACAAAAGGGUUUCACAUCAACCAUAAUACCUCAGAGAAGAGCCUCAAUUUCUCCAUGAGCACAAACAAUACUACAGAAGAUAUCUUAGGAAUGGUACAGAUUCCCAGGCAAGAGCUAAGGAAGCUGUGGCCAAAUGCAUCCCGAGCCAUUAGCAUAGCUUUCCCAACCUUGGGAGCUAUCCUGAGAGAAGCCCACUUGCAAAAUGUGAGUCUUCCCAGACCGGUAAAUGGUCUGGUCCUAUCAGUGGUUUUACCAGAAAAGUUGCAAGAAAUCGUACUCACCUUCGAAAAGAUCAAUAAAAGCCGCAAUGCCAGAGCCCAGUGUGUUGGCUGGCACUCCAAGAAAAGGAGAUGGGAUGAGAAAGCAUGCCAAAUGAUAUCGGAUAUCAAGAACGAAGUGAAAUGCCGCUGUAACUACACCAGUACAGUGAUGUCUUUUUCCAUUCUAAUGUCCCCCAAAUCAAUGACGGACAAAGUUCUGGACUACAUCACCUGCAUUGGGCUCAGCGUCUCAAUCCUAAGCUUGGUUCUUUGCCUGAUCAUUGAAGCCACGGUGUGGUCCCGGGUGGUGGUGACGGAGAUAUCAUACAUGCGUCACGUGUGCAUCGUGAAUAUAGCAGUGUCCCUUCUGACUGCCAAUGUGUGGUUUAUCAUAGGCUCUAACUUUAACCCUAAGGCCCAGGACUCCAACGUGUGUGUUGCAGUGACAUUUUUCAGCCACUUUUUCUACCUCUCUCUGUUUUUCUGGAUGCUCUUCAAAGCACUGCUUAUCAUUUAUGGAAUAUUGGUCAUUUUCCGUAGGAUGAUGAAGUCCCGAAUGAUGGUCAUUGGCUUUGCCAUUGGCUAUGGGUGCCCAUUGAUCAUUGCUGUCACCACAGUUGCUAUCACAGAGCCAAAGAAAGGCUACAUGAGACUCGAGGCCUGUUGGCUUAACUGGGACAAUACCAAAGCCCUUUUAGCGUUUGCCAUCCCGGCAUUGGUCAUUGUGGCUGUGAAUCUCAUUGUGGUUUUGGUUGUUGCCAUCAACACUCAGAGGCCCUCUAUUGGCAGUUCCAAGUCUCAGGAUGUGGCCAUAAUUAUGAGGAUCAGCAAAAAUGUUGCCAUCCUCACUCCACUGCUGGGACUGACCUGGGGUUUUGGAAUAGCCACUCUCAUAGAAGGCACUUCCUUGACAUUCCAUAUAAUUUUUGCCUUGCUCAAUGCUUUCCAGGGUUUUUUCAUCCUGCUGUUUGGAACCAUUAUGGAUCACAAGAUAAGAGAUGCUUUGAGGAUGAGGAUGUCUUCAUUGAAGGGGAAAUCAAGGGCAGCUGAGAAUGCAUCAUUAAGCCCAACCAAUGGAUCUGAAUUAAUGAAUCGUCAAGGAUGAAAUGCUGCCCCAUUUCUGAUGGAUGUCCUGAGACCAAGAGGGGAGAUUGGGAGAAAGAGGACAUGGAAAGCAGGCUGGAGUGAGGAGGAAUGGUCAUGCUUCCUUGGAAUACUUUCUCUUCUUGUCAGGAGUGACUCCAAAGCUCUUGGUCUGCUGAAGAAAAACUGAGGAUAUCAUUUGCUGACUGAGCUUUAAGGAGGGUGAUUUAUGGACCCUUUGACCUACCUGCGCCCUGCAAGAGGCUGGCUUCUUGGUCAAUCUUAGCCGUUUUAUGGUCUCCUGGGCCAGUUGGGGGCUGUGGGGCCCUGCUGGGCUUGGUUGUCUUUCACUUCUGAGGCCUGCUGUGUGGCUCCAUAGCUCAGUCCUCCAUCACUCUGCGUGGAUCUUGGGUACUUUCGACAGUGAGGGUUAGAUCCAAUUUUAGGAGUAGGGUUGGGGGUGUGAGUGGUAGCGUGGGGUGGCAGGAGGAACAAUGAGUCUACUUUGGAGACAGUUAAGUCAUGGUACGUUUCCUAAAGAUAGGGAACAGAAGAAAAGUAAGAGAACUGUUUCAUAUGCUAAUUUUUUUAGUGUAUUUUAGACCUUGAGUAAACUAAUUUAGCUUCUAGGAUCCAAGUUUCCUUAUUUGUGAAACAGGAAAAAAAAAAAUUCUUGUAGGUAUUACUAUUUGUGUGUUUGUGUCUACCUGCAUGUGUUUGUGUUUGUGUGUGUGUGUGUGUGUGUGUCUUUUAAAAAUACUAUAUAUAAAGAAGAUUCUGGUUGUUAUUUUAGAUGUAAAAAUGAAUAUAUGUACCUUUCACAACUUG